AUGGUACAGUCAACGGAUGAAAUAUUGCUUCAGAGCAGCGACGGUAUACUCGUCCACAUGCCUCGCACAAUCGCCAAAUGUUCAGGUCUUCUUCGUGGUCUACUCGAAACUAUCCCCAGAGAGGUCGAACAAGGAAAGCCAAUACCACUGCACUCUAUCAAAGAAGCGACGUUGAAAUUGAUUGAAGAGUGGUAUCAAUAUCACAUUGAUAACCCAAUUGUCUACAAUUUCGAUAAUUACGACAAAAACAACAAAAUUCAAGACAGGGAGCGGGAGCUUCUCAAUGUUGAUGAGGCCAUGCUUUUGCGCAUAAUAUCCGCGUCUGAUUUCCUCGACAUGGAAGCACUCUUGCAUUGCAGCUGCGGAAAAGCCGCCGAAUUGAUCAGAAUGGAAUCU